CUUUCACACACACACACAUGCACUAACACACAAAUUCCCCACCUCUCUGCAGCUGUGCUGGAGAGCUGCAGCAGAGCCCGUGGGUUCCCAGUUCAUCUGUCUCUGACUGAACAGCCUCAUUAGGGAAGGACAAGCGUGUAUGCUACAUAAAAGGGUGUAUGUCGCUACUGAGCAAGAGAAGAGUGUUUGUGCUUGAGCACCCAUCAUUCAGAGCCAGCCUGCGUGGGCAGAGCAGAGAAAGAGAGCAGCAAGGGAAAGAAAGAAGAAGAAAAAAGAGCAAGAGGAGAGCAAGGAAAGCUUGUGUGCCGGAGCUGGAAUCAGUCGUGAGACCCUCCUCCACCAUGGCUGCUGCAUAGGAAUCCAUCACCACGGCAGCCGUGUGCAUGAGGUGUGAAACGUAGGGAGAAAGCAGAAGGUAUACAGAGAAAGAGUAAAAGUGAUUCAAUAUGGCAGCCGAGGAAAAGCCUGGUGUUAAGAGCAGUACCUCCAUUGUGCCAUGCUUCCUGUUUGUGGAGCUGGUGAUCAUGGCAGGAACGGUCCUCCUGGCGUACUACUUCGAGUACACAGACACCUUCCCUGUGCAUGUCCAAGGUUUCUUCUGCUAUGACAAGACGUUUUCCAAGCCUUACCCAGGUCCGGAGGAGAACAGCAAAGUGCCACCUAUCCUCGUGUACUCGCUGGUUACUGCUAUCCCUACCAUAACGAUUUUGGCUGGAGAGUUGAUGGCAUUCUUCAUGAAGUCAGAGAGCACACGAGAGAAGACUAUUGUUACGGCAGAUUGCUGCUACUUCAGUCCUUUGCUGAGACGCAUUAUACGCUUCCUAGGUGUCUACUCCUUUGGCCUCUUCACUACCACUAUCUUUGCCAAUGCUGGACAGGUGGUCACAGGAAACCAGACACCUCACUUCUUGUCAGCAUGUAGGCCUAACUACACAGUUCUGGGCUGCCACUCCAAUCUUCAGUACAUCACAGAGCGUCGAGCUUGCACAGGGAACCCACUCAUAGUGACAUCUGCCCGUAAAUCCUUCCCCUCAAAGGAUGCAGCACUGAGUGUCUACUCUGCUGUCUACACCGUGAUGUACGUGACACUGGUGUUCAGGACGAAGGGAACACGUCUGACAAAACCGACAGUCAGUCUGACCUUGCUGUGUCUGGCCAUGCUGGUAGGAGUUGUGAGGGUGGCUGAGUACCGCAAUCACUGGGCUGAUGUCCUUGCUGGGUACUUCACUGGAGGAGCCAUCGCUGUUUUUUUGGUGACCUGCGUGAUCAACAACUUCCAGCAUGCGAAGCCAUCCCCUCCACCCAUGCGGCUCCGGCGUCCUGAAUCCGUGCUGGGCAUGCCCAUGGUGGCUCUGCCUUGUGUGGAGAGUCCACUCGAAAAGUUAAGUGGCACUCAGACUCCAAGGGGAUCUUCAUUCACUGAGAUCACAUGACCAUCAGCCCUAUCGGUUCCCCGCCACCCCCGAUGUCCUCAUACCGUCUCGCUCCAUUUCCAGCGAAGUCUAGACCAGCCUUCUGAGCACGCUCAGCAAUGCAUCGCAGCCCACCACACUGGACGUUACACCACCCUCUACCGCUCCUACUCUACGCAGGUCUAGACAUUUUCCUCCUUGCUUCACUUUUCAUCUCCAUGCCCCCUCCAUGCUGCCCUCAGAUCUCAAACACACUUCUCAAACAAACGAGAGGAGACUUUUUUUUUGCUUCAGAAAGCUCAGAUAUGGAGACUGAAUCAAACUCGUCCAGCAGUCUGAAAGUUUUAGGAUAAUUUCCAGGUACUGAGGCUUGACAUUGACAAGAUCUUUGAGUUUGUUACAGUUUGCUUGAGCAGUGCGUAGUAGCCUUUGGACCACCUAAUGACAUUUGGCCCUAAAUCCAUCCAACUUAUUCCCAGGGGAACCGAUAUGGAGUCCAUGUGCUGGACUCCUGAGAACAAAAGAAAAAAAAGACUAAAAGUACUGUGUCUGAUAGGCCUCUUUUUGUUUCAUUAUUGUGUGUUUUUAAAGAGGCAUGUUUAAGUAGUGUUUAUGUAUAGCAUUCGAUGUACAUAAUGUAUUUAAGGUUUGGAUUUCAAUAACCAUGCCGGCAAAUACAACUGAAAUCUGAAAAGGUUUCCCCUGUGUCAUUCUCAGUCACCAGUGUGUAUAUUGUGAAAAACUGAAUUUUGUUCAGGUGGACAGCACCUUUUUUGUUUUGUUAACCUAUUUAUAUUUUAAAAUCAAUUUGCAACAAUUUUUUAAGUCUGUGCUCAUGUUCUUUCUCUCAUCAGUAAUAGGCAGCUUAAAAGGGUACAUUCGACAUAAGGGAUGCAUUGAGAAUCCUCUGUCACAGUAACUGCACAAUGCUUGGUUCUUCUCCGAGGAUUUUAUUCCCACCAGUCCUGAGAGUGUGGCAGAUUUAGCUUGUUAACCGUGAUGACACCAUUCUGAUGCAAUGGCAUUUUCAUCGCCCUCGUUCCCGGGAAAAGCUUGUCUCAUACACAACAGUCCUCUGUCAGAGUCAACACCCGCCACAGGUUUUACAGAUCAAAGCCAAUACACGUCUGUUUCUCAAAAAGGAAAAAGAAAAGUAAAACAGGACCAACAAGGCAUUUGUGUCAGUUUAAUUUGCUGUAGUUAAAAUGCCUUGAGCUGUCACUCACAUUAUAAGAUGUGGGGAAUUUUUUUUAUUUAAUUACUUUCAUUGCUGUUUUAUACCACUGGCUUGUUUACUCUGAGUUGCCUUGGUCUGAAAAAAAGGUUGAUGUGGUUGACGGUUGAAUGGACAUUAUUGCAGCUGGUUAGCACAAUUUCCCAGCAUUCCUACAAUAAGAGGAUGUUCUGAUGACUUUGGUUUUAUUUAUUAUUGAGUUGGAGUCAUUUGUUGUUGUUUUUUUGAUAAAAAAAAAAAAAGUGUUAUGAACAGCACUAGUCUUCACUUAGAUUGACAGUUUUGCUGCUUUUAAUUUGCACAAUGCUUCAUGCAUCUGUAUUACUGUAUUUUCCUGAAAUACCUUUCCAAGAACUUUAUAUCUACUCUUUUUGGCUAUGUAAAUUUUGUUCACUGUGCUGUGUAAGGUAACAUAUCUGCUGGACCAACACUACCACCAUGCUUACAGACACAACCACACACACUUUGCACACUUUGUCAAACCUUUAUUCUAAUACUUAAUUAGACUGUCCUCCUUUCUUACAUAUAAUGAUUGUACAGUUUUGUAAAUAUAUGUUUUUGGUAAUAAUAAUAAUAAUAAUAAUAAUAAUAAUAAUAAUAAUAAUAAUAAUAAGAGAAAGAAGAAAUUGUGUGUUUACACUGGCACCUCUGUGCACCCAUAGUUGAUACUGUAGUAUUCUAGUUAACAUUCUAACAUUCUAGCUAUUCAUCAUCCGUAUUUUGGGAAAUAAAAACGGAACAGGCCAGUUUGGGGUGUUUGGACAGUGAAGCCAUUUCCAAAGCCUAUGUAUAUGGUAGCACCUGACCAAUAACCUGUGAAGUACAAUUAACAAGCUUAAAUAUCAUUAUGAGAGAAACGGGUAAGAUGAGCCAUUUUUACUCUUUCAUUUGUCAAAUUGAUAGAUUGUAACCUAGUGACAAUGCACAAUGCUUAAUGCACCUGUAUUACUGACUUCAGCAAUGAGCGUUUGUAGUUACCUAAAAUAAGUUUUCUGAAUACACAAUUCACUACUUUAUCCAGCUGAGAGGUAAGAUGAGCCAAUGAGUGGGUUGAAUCAUAGGUGUUGAAUCAUAACAAGGACACACAGUGUCACUGAUCUAGGUGGUUUUUUUUAUUUAUUUAUUUUUUUGCUCUUGGUGCUUUUAGCUCCACCAAACGGAGAAUUUUCUGUCUUCUUCAAAAACUUACUACAUACUAUACAGUACAUUCUAGGAUGCGCAAAGCAUUUUAUACAAAACUACAAAGGGCCUAACUUGCAUUGAAUCCAUAUUUUUUAUAUAGAAUAAAACACCAAUCUGUAACUUCAACUGCAUUUUUACCACAUAACAGUUAACAGCCAAG